AUGCCAAAAUCGCCAGUAGACAACGACGAUAAGCGCGACCAAAAAGUUACUGACCCUACCCCGGCCCCAGUCUCGGCCCCGGUCUCAAUACCUUUUUCACCAAUUCCAAAAUCAAACUCAGUCUUAAACCCAAAUGCUACUGAUGCUCCUUCUUUAUCGGCUGCGGCUGUACCUGCUGAUUCGUCAGUACCAACAUCUGCAUCGCCUCCUGCACUUGCACCUGCCUCGAUAAGUACAACUAAAGCCAUUGCUACUUCUACCGUCGCUUCAGCACCAGAAACGCCAACAGCAACGGCGGCUACUUCAACAGUACCAUCCAACUCGUCGCAGGCAGCAACUUCGACCGCAACAUUACCAGAGUCUUCAAAUCCUCGUACAGAUUUAACCUCCUCAGUUUCUCCGACGAGAGCCUCAGCCUCUCAACCUCCUCGGCCAUCAACUCCGCCGCCGUCUCGUACCGUCCUGAAUGGUCCUUCAACCGAAGCUGAUAUUAAGACGUCAGUAGAGCAUCAGCAAUCUGAAGCGCCUUCGAAUAGUGAGGCUUCAGCUUCGGUGAAAGCUGAACCUAGUGACCAUAUGAUGCCUGACGCUCCUUCUACAAGCGAUGCGGUCGUACUGCCGAGCGCUGAUCAGGCUCAACAAUCCACCCCUUUGCAAUUGCAGAUGCCAACUGACAAUAUGGGAGACUCAUUUGCGCCUUCUACUCCAUAUACGUCGACUACAAUGCCUACCAUAAACCAGCAUGCCUACAUGAUGAUGGCUCUGGCGACAAUGUCAGGAGCUUCCUCAGCCAUGUCACCCCCUCCAACGGUCACACCCGCCCAGGUUACUUUGCCCAACACUCUAGAUGAUUCAUUUCAAACCCUUGCACAACCUAACUCAACACGCCAACCAGACACCCACAAGGCUCUCGAAUCUUUUGCACGUGUAGAAUUUGCCGACAGUCUUUUUCAGAUGACGACGUACGCUAUUGUUAUUGGACGCGAUCAGCGCGCACUGGAACAAGCCCGCCGUGACGAGAAGCGCCUUGAAGAAUAUCGCCGCCGUGCCGAGGAAAAUGCCCAUCUGGGUAUUCCACCGCCCUCGCCCAUUCAGCCCGAUCGGAACAAGUUCAGCAAGUCCUAUGUCAGUGAAGAGGGAGGAAUGUUGGGUCCUGAAUCAGAUACUGGAGAAAACCCGCGGCCAACAAAGCGACGCAAGACCAGUACACAAGGAUCUUCGCAACAUGAUCAUGAUGAAGCGGCAGCACAAGCGCAGGAGAACAUGGUUUCUAACCGACAAUAUGUUUCCCACACGCCGGGCGCUGCCGCGGUAGAUUUGACCUCUUUGCGCCCGUCACCAUAUCAUGUUCCUUUCAUCGGUAUCCAUUCGCCAGGGCCCAACAUUGCAUCCAAAACCAAGGCAAUUUCUAGAGAGCAUCUCAAGAUCGCGUACAAUCAAGAACUGGGUGUAUUUGAAGCCAUUCCCCUACAUAAAAACGGGUUCUUUUGCGAAGAUGUGCACUACAAAAGCGACAAGGUUGUGUUGCGAAGUGGUGAUCGAUUGCAAAUUAAAGAUAUCGACUUUCGAUUUCAUAUAAAUGGCGUCGAGCGGGGACGAACGGGAGCUGAGGAAUAUGUGGAACAAGAACCUGCGGCAGCUCUCAAGAAACGGCAUGCACAGGGCGGAAAGGAGAUGAGUUUCGAUUUCGAAUCCGCACAUGGCAAUGCCGAGAUACAAGACACUAGUGAUGAGUUAUCUGAUGUGGCAAGUCCACCGGAAUCGCCUGAUUUUAGCGAUGACGAGGAUGCCAAGGUGGAGGAGCCAGCGGCUGUUGAAACGAUGGAAGCGGAAGCAGAGACAGUGGCGGAGGCGGAGGCGGACGUAGAAGCAGAUGCUGACGGUGAUGCUGAUGCAGAAGCUGAAGCCGACGCGGAUAUGGACAUGGACAUGGACAUGGAUAUGGAUGGGGACAUGGACAUGUCAAUGACAGGGGAGGAGUCAGGAUUUAAGCAGGAGGGUAUGCUUGAUGCGAACCAGGAACAUCUAAUGCUCCAGAUGCCUAGAAAACGAGGGCCUGGUAGGCCACCAAAGAACGGCUUCAUGUCGAAACGAGAGCAGCGGUUGCUCAAGAAACAUCAACAAGAGAUGGCCAAGAAGACUCUGCCACAGGCACCUCCAGUAGAGCCCCCUAUCAAACGCAAGGUAGGACGACCUAGGAAACAUCCUCUUCCUGAAGGAUCCUCAGAGCGACCAGAGAAACGCAAGUACAAACCUCGCAAGCCUAGAGAAGAUGGUGCUGAAGGCUCAGAUGCAGAGAGGCGCGCGAAAGAGAAGAAGGAGAAGAAAGCCCGGCCGAAAUCUCCUCCCUUGGAACUCAACAUGGCAGACUAUACUGAAGAACAGCUCCAGAAGCCAAACAAAAAUUACGGCGUGCUCAUCGAUGAGACACUUACAGCAGCUGGACCCGACGGGCUUACCCUCAAGCAGAUUUACAAACGGAUUUGCCUGAGAUACCCCUGGUUUCACUUCCAUACGGAGACCAAAGGCUGGGAAAGUAGCGUACGCCAUAACCUUAUUGGUAACGACGCAUUCAGAAAAGAUGACACGACUAAUCUUUGGUCCCGUGUUCCGGGUGUCGAACUCGACGCUGGUAAGAAGAGGAAGGCCUCGUCUCCAGACCGUGCAGCAGCUCAAGCUUAUGGCCAAUACCCAUAUGCCUACAAUGCCCAGCAUUUGGCAGCUGGUACGCCCAAUUACACCGCUGGACAGGCGCCUCCUGGCUAUCAAAUGCCAGCAUACACAGCACAACAAAGCCAGCCAGGACGACCAGUGCAGUCGUAUGGAGCGUCUGCAUCACCACCGGCACCGGCACCGGGCCAGCCAGCCGCUACAACUGCUACAUCGCAGCCGCCAGCGCCAGCACAACUACCUCAAGGUUAUGGACCACCGCCAGCCCCUGCUCACCCGCAACUCGGAGUGCCCCAACAAGGUACUUAUAGCUCGCCAUAUGCGCCACGACCACCGCCUCCAGCAAAUCCUGCGGUCAAGAAUGAAGAAGGACAUGCAAAUACCGUCAUGUCUGCUAAUGCAAGCGUUGCCCAGCAGCAGCAGCAGCAUCAUCUUCCUCCGCCACCCCCGCCAACGGUGGGUGCCAAGACUGUCCCUGGAACUGGACUCGCGUCGGUACAGCAGCAACCUGCUACUCCUGCAAACCGAACUCCUUCAGUGCCUGCAGCUCCCGCUCCAGCGCGACCAGCUAUUGAGCCCAAGCUGCUCACUGCAGUUGUCAACCUCAAGAAUGGCCUGAUUGAAAACCUCAAGAAAGCCAAGAAUCCCAAGGCCGCAGGAAUCGUAAUGUCAGCACUGAAUCGCUGUAUUGGUCUCAAGAAGGAGGCAACGGAGAACGACAAGAUGGAGGCGAUCUGUAUGAAGGGUAUUCGUCAAGUUAUUGAUGGUUACAAGUCGAAGAGUCCUACGCCUGGUCCAUCUUCUUCUGCCGCUUCGCCGUCGGCUACCGAGACACCCCUCUUUCUUAACUCCAAAGUCCUCGCAUCUCUCAAUGGCUUCAAGGAUGUUUCAGUCAAAGCUCUGAGCCCCAAGCUUGGUGAAGCCAAAGCGGAAGCUGUCACGUUAUCUGCUAUUGACCGGGUCCUGGGCAUAGCCGAUGCUAGCAUUGUUCCACCGCCGGGAGAAGGUGAAGCUGUCGGAAAUUUUGAAGGUAUUGAGCAGCAUCUCAUGAAAUCUAUACGGCAACUCUUGACGGGGAUGAAUCAAAAGGUGUAG